AUGUCCCAGUCAACCUGUGAUGUAGACCCUGAAGUUUUACAGAAACUUCGCAAGUUUCGUUUUAGUAAACGAUCGCAGAAAGGCAGUGCCGCAUUCGUACACGAAUUAAUGUUGGACGGUCUUUUUUGUUUUCAAGUAAAGAUAGAUCGGGAACGCUUAUGUAUUGUCGAGGACGAGGUGCAUGAUGAGAUAACAAUAGAGGAUCUAGUAGAGGAGCUCCCGGAAACCUCCCCUCGAUACAUUGUACUGAGUUACGAGCUUACGCACAACGAUGGACGAAAGUCGUAUCCUUUAGUACUUAUUUAUUAUGCACCAGUUUCCACAAAGCCGGAAUUGCAUAUGUUGUAUGCGAGCGCGAAGACCUAUUUCCAACAGAGAGCAGACAUUAAUAAGGUGUUUGAUAUCCGCGAAGCCGAAACGCUCAGCGAUGAGUGGCUACAAGAAAAGUUGCUCUCUUGA